AUGCAAGUAUUUGUUCGUGGUGACACUGAGCUCAUUCCGCUCGAACUUGAAAACGAUCAUACUGUACAAGACAUUCGUGAAUAUAUUGCUGACGAAUAUGAUGUUGAUAUGAAUGAACUUGUAUUAAGUUAUCAUGGUACACUAUUGAACGAUGAACAAACAAUUGAACAAUGUGGACUUAUAUCUGGUUCAACACUUGAUGCUACUAUGAAAUUAUUUGGUGGUAAAGUCCAUGGUUCAUUGGCUCGUGCCGGUAAAGUCAAAGGUCAAACACCAAAGGUUGCUAAACAAGAAAAACGUAAGAAGAAAACUGGACGUGCUAAACGUCGUCUUCAAUACAAACAACGAUUUGUUAACAAGGUUACCGGAGUGGGUCGUCGUCGUGGACCAAAUUCAAAUCAACAAGCUGCAUCAUAA